AACCCAAUCUUUCCCCUGGCUCUUACAUUCAAGUGUCGUAAGUGGGCUGAGAAGGAUAGUUGAGAUGAAAAUAUUAUUCCCAGAUAAUUGAACUCGUUCACUCCUCAUCUUUCGAGUUCAACUCCCCUGAGGGUGAUCGAGCAAGCCGGAAGUCUGCCCUUGUGGAAGACCAAUAUGAUGCAUAUUGUAUUGUACGUACUCGUAUAUGUUUCCACUCUGACACGCAUAAAACAUCAUGGUGAUGCAUCAUAGAAGGUGUCCCUGAGUGUUGGAUAAUUUGCCUAGCGAGUGGUUUGUUGACAAAAUCAAGGUGCUUAAAUGAAAUGCUAAAACUUUGGUCGGAUAAAAAUAACCACAACUAGUUAUAAAUAGAUCAAGUCGAGAAAGAAAGACCAGUUCUAGGUCGGUUACUGUGAAAACAAAGAGUGUGACAUUUCACUCGUCAUUGUGAACAAGAAACUUGUCCAAAACUCUUCAACCAUAACACCAGAGGCCUGAAACCGCGGGAAAGGGUAGUUCCGGCGAGAUGUGAAUCAUGAAAAAGAAUUGAGGUAUUAGCUGACAGCGAUUGAGACGCAUUUUUGCAUUCCAGAUGAGAAUCAUCGUAACACCGAAUAGGGAUGGACAUACAAUUUGUAUGAUUAGUGUUGUGGAAAGAGGUCUUUAUGGUAAGAGGCAGAGAAGUAUGAAGAAUGAACAUGACGGGGAGCAUGACGUAGAGGGAAAAAGGGAAAGAACAAAGAAAUAUGGUCGAAAACGGAACCUUGAUCAUGCAACCACUCCAAGCAUCAAUAGAUUUCCGGACUCAAACACUAUAACCAACCAGCUACAACUUCAAAAAAUUGUUCACUGGAAGGUUGCUAAGGUCGAAUGAGUGAAGCCUCUCCCAACCACCGAAAUCAGCCAUCACAUCAUUCUCCUUUCCAAAUUCUGAUAAUCAGUGUUGUGCCUGGGUCAGAUUGAUUCUUCGUCUGUGGGCGUGGGUUACCUCUGAAAGUUUCCCUGAGAAAGGUUGCUUGGGGAGGAGAAUCGAACCGGGGACCACAAUCAUCCUAAGAAGUUGAACUUACCACUACGCCAAGCCCCCGUCUAAAAAAGGUUAACCUUCACGCUCUCUGUUUGACCACUUGGUCAGGCUAGUUCAAGAUCUAAAUGACUUGUUGUUUCUCAUACCUAUUGCCACCAAACUCAGUUGAUUGCAAUGCUCAUGUUGAAAGAGAGUUGAAUGGACGAAAAGGGAUGAGCUUAUAAAAAGAUCGUCAUGCUUUUCAAUAUUACUUCCCUAGGGACCAAGUGAAGCAAGUUUGUGCUCGAUUCAGGUUUCAAAUUGAAGCGGUUAUUGGCCAAUAUUUAGGAUUUAUAAUGGUUAUUUGUUUUUCAACCAUUCGAGCCCUAGCAGAUUUACAUACCUUACAUACGACUCCCUGGAAGCACUGGAAGGAGGUACGGACAACUCAAAGGCUUCGUAUGAUGUAUUGAUCAGAGUUGCUAAUAUAUAGACAGAGAUGGGAAUGAGGUAAAUAUUGUACAUCGAAUGGCUAUUUUUUUGCAGCUAAGAUUUACGGAUUUUGUAACCGAUACAAAGAAUGUCAUUCAAUGUAAGAAAUGUCAUGUCUGAUUGAUUAACACAAACUAAAACGAGAAAUGGUCAGGUACAAUGAUAAAACACUUGGUCUACCCGUGAAUUGGUAUUAGCCGAUCUAUGAAGGCCGUGAACAUAGGGUUGGUCAAGGGUUUUGGAUGAAUGAUUAUGUAAAUGAUUUGUAAAUGAUAAGGCAGGGGUCAGAUGCAGCAAAGAUUCGCCUCAAGCCCGACGGCAAGAGCUUAUACAGUUUCGGACCCCUGUUCACUACAUUAGCUUUUCUUUUUUAAUUUUCUUAAUCGGUAUUGAAGGGACAAGAAAGAGAACAUGUUAUGGUGAACGAGACGAAGUGAUCAAGGCCCAUAACUGGAUACAAAGACAAGAUUUACGCCUAUAUAUGCUUGAGUAACGCAAGUUUGUAAUGUCAUUUCAUGCCUUUAGAACCAAUUGGCAUGGUUGCAUGAUUGUUUCUUGAUAUGUUGGCUUUGGCCCUUUGGACUCUGAACUUGGUCCAUGUCGUAAGUGCUUUCAGCAAAGAAACAAUGCCAUAAUAGCACGUUUGCAGAAUCUUACGUCAAAAUACCAGGACAAACCUGUUGACAUGCACCUUAGUAUUUGAUUAGGUUAAUCAUAUAGAGAAUUAGCUGAGAUUUUUCUAAGGUUUUUCUAAAUAAACGUAUCCUAAUUUUGGGAAGAGUAGCAAUUCCCAAGGGACGACCAACGUGUCAUGAUAAAGAAAAUAACAAUUCAAGCGACCCUAAGGCUUCUUUUGUCUUGAACAGAGAGCGAGCCCCUGUCCUUUUUAACCUUUUGCAUGUAGCUCUCCGACAAUUCUACAAUUUAGAUGAACCUUUGUCAAGUUUCAACACGAUCUUGGUCAGGUAUGGAUUGCAGAAAAUGAUCAACCGUACGUUCAGGCAUGGUACCGGGGUGCCUUAAAGCGGCCAAUUCUGAUUCAUUAUUGGAGCAAAUAUUUUACUAAACAUGACAUGGCUGCUUGGGGGAGUCAUUCCCAAGCAUCGGUUAGAAACUCGUAGAAUUGAAAAAAUGAUUGCAUGAAACCUCGUCUUUGAAAAGGUGAAUGAAGUGAAAGAGACAUUGAACUAUGAAUGUGAACUUCAAAGAAUGCAAGGGAAUACUGCCCAGCAACCAUUUUAGAUUUUAGGGGAUUCUGUGAUGUGCGACUGUUCUUUUGAAAUGAAUCACAGAAUAAACUCGGGACAAAAUCAAAGAGCAAGCCAGUAUGAUUUGAGGUACGUGUUUUGACCAUACAAGGAUAUCGAUCAGACUUCGGAUUUAAUGACGUAAAACUACCUCUCCUGCUGCGGAUAAUGCAUAAGAAUUGGAUUGUCUUACUUUAAAAGGUAUGGGUCAGGCAGAAAUUUUAUUGAGGACAAACCUGUACUCGUACAUCGUCAUGUGGUUGGUUGAAAUGGUGUUUUUUGCAAUGAAAUUAGAAGACACGUGGUUGUCUUACAUAUUCGUUUAUUUCAAAGUAAUCAUUGCCAGAAUGGCUAUCAAAUAUUUAUUUUGGGAGAGUUUUAGCAUUCAACCACGUACUUUUUGAGCUAGAGAGGAAGUUGAUUGAGGUGCUGCUUAAUGCCAUGUCAAAUUUUACCCCGUGAGAGAGAAACAAGUUCGUCCGUGGGGGGAUUCUUGUAUCGAAUAAAAAAAUGUUCAAUAUAAAACUUGGGUGUUCAAUGAGUGGUCAUUUCUUCAUCUUUCCCAUGGCAUGGCUCCUUAGCACAUUGCCAUGAAGACUGACAUCGACAGUGAUUGUCAGUGUAUUGCCCCUGGCGUCAUCACCUACUUGACCAAAUGACUUUUGAAGAAGGAAUUAGUAGCACUGUCAGAACUGCUAACAAUUACUGCCACCCCUGAGCAUGGCACAGAAGGAAAAAAGAUUCAUUCCAAAAUAAGAAGGUAGCACAUUCCCAUAUCAUAUGUCACAAAAAAAAUGAACACCCAUAGUUGUGGUUACGACAAUCGCUGAUCACUGGACCUCAUCAGUCAUGUCGAAUAAUUGCCAAAAGGGCGGUGGAAUACAUUGGCACCCUCAUAUGUGGCUUCAGUAUCGAGACAAACUAGACUGCAACUUCCAUCGAGGGAUUGCCCCCGAUGAACAUCGUGAGUCCGGCUAGUUACCUGUGAAUACUUAUGAUGAAUGCUUUGAGGUUCAACAAAGUCUUAAAAAGGUCGUGCUCUAGGCCGAUGUCAAUCACUUUGUUCCCUCACCGUCUCCCAACAUGAGGUAUGGAACUUGGUUUUUGUUCCAAGGUAUUGUCACUCUCUUUUGUCUCAUCCAAGUGAUCCAUGUUCAAAGCCGCGAGGUAUCCCAUUAUACAAGGGUAUCCCGAAUGACACCUCCCAAAGACCAGGAGGAAGCCAAAGGCCCGAUUUUUUACACUCGAGUUACACGGGAAUCCACCAGCAAGCUCAAAAAGGGUAGCACCGAUCCUUUUUCUUACACACGGGUUGCUCGGAAUGUACCUCGCGUGUAUAGAUUGGAAGACCGGAGAGGUCUCAGAUCAAAUGCCAUCGAGGAUUUCUGUCGUCGAACGAAUAUAAGCCCACUGAUUCCUAACCAAACCCAACUGGAUCUCUAUCCGAAAGCUCUCGUCAUGGAUUACAGGAACCGUCGGAAUGUGAUGGAAGAACCGUCUUCAGAUAAGGAUGGAUUCAACUCGAACACCGACUCGUAUUUGAUUCUCCGACGUCUCUUGUGCCACGGCAACGAACGACGUUUGGAGCCUUCGGUGACCAUGAACCGCCCUCCAGCCAACGGUUUGAACCACAUGUUCGACAAUUGGAACAUGGCGCAUCAUGAGAAGCGCAACGGAAAGCCCCCAGCAGACAAUGGCGCCAAUCAAACGCCGUUCCUGAUUCUUCGGAAAUAUGCCUAAUAGGCAGACGACUAUUUGGAACAGGCGAUCCCACAUUCUAAACAGUCUUCGUGAUCGAUUGCAACUGAUGAUGAUGAUGAUGUAUUGGCAUUGAAAACCUAUCUCUUUUGAUCCAGUCACGCAUCUGGGGGAGGAGGAUGUGUGCAUUUGUAUCAAAGUAGAGUUUUUCAGGGACAACAAGAUUGGUAAAACUAUAGUAUAGCUCCAGAUUGUGUCAUGAUUGUUUUAUUGGAAUCUCCUUCAGUGGAUUCUGCAUUACUCACACAAUAAUUGAGACGGAUGAACAAAUCAUAAGAUAAUGACGCAUGGAUUGAAAAAAAUGUUUAUGUAUGAUUUGCGCUUUGCGCUUUAAUCAAUAAAUUGCUCGAGGGAACAACUUGUCCCACUCAACACACUCCA